AUGGAAUAAGAACCCCUGAUUCACAAAGACAUCGUUUACUUGAGACAUAAUGAAACCAAUGGCUAUCUAACAGACACUGGAGUUUCCUACUAAAAUGGCUACAUAUUGGGCACCAAGAAGGAACAAGAUCAAAAUUCUGUAUGGAUUAUAGAAAAGUACAGUCCUCCUGUUCAAGGUCUCAAAAAGCCCAAUUAUACAAAGGUGGAAAUAUGGCCUAGUGAUAUGGUAGUUAUCAGGAAUGGCAAAACCGGGAAUGUAAUCACUUGUAAUAUAGGAAACAAAUCGCCAGUUACGAAGUAAGGAGAGAUGAUAGUGGCCAAUCAGUAUGAGGGGACAGGGGAAUAGUAAUUUCUAUUGAUAUUCGAUAAAUUUGAUGAAAUAAAUCUGAAUAGAGCUAGGUUUAUCAAUGUCCUCGAUGAGAAUCACGCCUUGCAUUCUCAUGGUAGACAAUACAAGAAUCCUAAAGAUGUCAAUGAAGUCACUGGCUACACUGGCGUAGACUAAAAUGACUAUUGGUCAAUCAUACCUGUAUCCAGGAAUGUUCGAUAGUCCAUUUUCAUAAAGGAACAACAAGACGUCGAUAAACCAGUUAGACCAAGGUGUUAUAAAUACAUUCACAAUAUGGAUAAGUUGGUUAUUAGAAAUUGUUUCACUGGAGGAUCUUUACAUUCUCAUACUAGUACAUACACUCAUGGAAAUAAACAACAAGAAAUAACUUGGAGGUACUCAAUUAGGAGAGAUCAAAACGAUUGGUGGGUGGUUGAAUUGGCCAAUGGAAAUUCAGACAUCACCAGUCAAAUUCAGGAUAAAUCUCUUUUGUUUUUGACUCACACUGGAACAGGAAAGAGAUUGAUGCAUAUCAAUGGGGCUAGAAAUAAAAAGAAAGAUUAUCUUGAAGUCAAUUGUGGAGUCUAAGAAGAGGCUGAAUUCCAAAUCGAAGGAGUCGACAUGGGCAUCCCUGAAUUGAAUACUCUGAUUCUUGAGUAUCCCUUUAGACUCAAACAUGUCAAAACCUCCUAGUAUUUGGCUGCCUUGAGUAGGCCUUCCAGUAAAACCACUUUCCAGGGGGAAGUUGUGUUGGUAGGAGGAAAAGAACAGAAUACAAUUUGGAUGGUUGAAACUGUAGAUUCCUUAUUUGAUUGA